AUGUCCGUGUGUCAGCCGUCCACCUUGGCUCGACUUGUGUCGAAAACUGACCAGUUCCCCACCGCCAACAAGGCCUUUCAACACACAUCUUUACACGCCAGUGCAUCGCGGUCUCGACAAGUGAAAAAUGCGAGUUUUGAGGCCAGUUUCCGCUCUUCGCAGUUAUCGGAACCCGUCAGUGGCUCCCAUGUGAUCCAGGGCACAUCCUCUUCGUCUUUGUCUUCGUCUUUUUCUUCGCCUUUGUCUUCGCAUUCGCAGCCAGUCUCUCAGGAUAUGAGCUCAUGGUCCGACCAGUUCGCUCGCAUGCAAAUCCGCGAUCCUUUGAGCUUCACUUCCGAAUACCAACAGCUCUACAAUCAGUACGAGCAAUCCCAGCAGCAUUUUCACAGCCACCAACACCUUCACCAGCGUCAGCAUGAAACGCCUCAAAAUUCCUCCUUUGCCAUGCAGCAACCAGCUCCAAGCUACAGACCUGCACUCGUGCAGCAGCCGUCCUUCUACGCAUCAAAUUCAAACAUGUCUACCCAGUCUGGUCUCGACUUGCAUGAAAACGAGAUGCUUGCUCGUGAGUUCGACAGAAUCGAAACCGAGCUGAACGAGGAAAGUGCGUCGCCUUCAGAAGCACCUGUUUUCUCGUCAGAGCAGAUAAAGUUUCAACAGGCUGCCUCCGAAAUUCACCAUCGUCUAUCUCCAGGAACGGAGACACCCCCGGAAUUGGAGUCCAAGUUUAAAAACUCCAAAUUUCUGGGUCUUAUGCGGAGCAUAAGCGAUGGUGUAGUCACUUUGAAGACCGACGAUCAAAACAAUCAAAAGUACACCCAGCUCUUCUCGCCCAGCACAGACGAGGUUGUGGGUAACGAAUAUUUUUCGGUGUCGGAUACCACUCUAGAUGCCUGA